UUCUCAAUUAUAUAAUACAUAUAUUUUUAUUGUUUAAACAAUAUAAGAUUAUAAACCAGUUAUAAUUAUAUACUUCUUCAGUUAACGGAAGUAUCUUAAUGUAAAUAUAUUUAUAUGUUACUACAUAGUAUAUUUCACUAGUCUGUUUUGGUUAGUCUUAACGUAACCUAAACAUAGUAUUCGAUGAAAGCGUAACAAGUGAUUUAAAUAAAUUUCAUUUGAAAAAUAUAAGUUUAAGUGACUUAACAACGCCUUCAAACGCAUUUAUAAAUAUGAUACAAAGAUACAGAAAUGCAAUAUGCAUUUUUGGGAAGUAUAUGCAGAAUAAUCUACCAGUAAUGUUAAGUCCUAUUAGUUACCCAGUUCCUAACGACAGUUCUCAACAAGUCAGAAAUAUAAAGAAACAUUUUAAUCCAAAGUAUCGCAAAGAAAGGGCAAAGAAAGUCAUUAAAGUAAAAUUACCUACAUUUGAUGAUAAUGAUGAUGAAAAUAACAGUAAGAUGAGAACAAAGUUGAAAGAAGCUGGAAUUCUACCACAAAGAAAUUGGUCUGAAAGACCAGUUUUUAUUAGCUGUACACCUGCAAUAUUUGAAAGUUACAUUGCUCCAGAAGGUGAUGGAAAAUUUUCUCCUAUUAGCACUACGGGUGCGAAACAAAAGUUUGAAUUUAUAGAAAAAAAGAGUAAAUCUUUUAUGGCCCUUAGAAAGAUUAAGACAUAUGAGGACAACUAUUCAUCUGAUACAUUUAGAGAAAACCUAUUAAAUAUUUAUAAAAAAGCACACGAAGCUUUAUGUCGUAAAGAUCAAGAUGAAAUACUACAAUAUGUUACAGAAACUGCAUAUCCUUUACUGAUGCAUAAUGUAGACAACAAAACAAUUGUUUGGAAAUUUUUGGAAUCUCUGGAGCCAGCACGUAUCGUACAUGCUAGAGUAACAAGUCUGAUUACAAAGAACAAUUUAUUUGCACAAGUCACUAUUCGUUUUCAUACUCAACAGCUUCUCUGCAUUUAUGAUCGAUUUGGACGAGUGUUAUUAGGUAGUGAGACAGUGAGGAAAGAUGUUUUGGAUUAUAUAGUAUUUGAGAAACAUAUAUCUAAUGUAUAUGGUACUUGGCGAAUACACGGAAAAAUUAUACCAAAUUGGCUAACACCGAAAGAAAUAUCGACAUCUACUUACAUCUUACCAAAGAAAAAUGAAGAACCCUCAUCAUCUGAUAGCGCUGUUGAAUCGGUUGCUCAAAUGGUACCGCCAGAAACUUUAGAUAAACAGCAUACUGAUGCAAAACCAUAAUAAUUGUAUUUCAUGCACAAAUUCCAGUUAUUAAUUGGUGAAUAAAAUACUUUUAAAAUAAAA